AUGACGGUGCUGGCGACGUCGCGCUACAUACCCGUAUCUUUCUUCCCCAUUCUUCUUGCGGCUGUGUACGCCUCUACUACCCGCCGCCACCUUCUAGACCACGCGCCGCUACGGACCAGCUGUCUGACGCCCUGCCCUCAAGCUCCCCACCCGCUCCUCACAUGCUGCGCGACACGGGCCAGAAUUACCACCGCAAUGACAAACACAAAGAUGGCGCUAGUUGACUGGCUGGAUGACUUGUGCGUCCGCUUCAUCGUCAACCUCCCCAACGAAGAGCUCCAGUCGGUGGAGCGAAUAUGCUUUCAGAUCGAGGAAGCGCAAUGGUUCUACGAAGACUUCAUCCGUCCGCUGGACCCCAACAAUCUGCCGUCUAUGCAUUUGCGCAAGUUCUCGCAGCUCAUGUUCCAGCACUGUCCGCUGUUCUCGGCCUACUCAGAAGAGCUCCACCAGCAGGCGUACGAGCAGUUCCUCGCCUACAAGACACGCGUACCUGUCCGCGGCGCGAUAAUGCUGAAUGAGGACAUGACACACGCCGUCCUGGUCAAGGGAUGGAAGAAGGGCGCAAAGUGGAGUUUCCCAAGAGGAAAGAUCAACAAAGAGGAGGCAGACUUGGACUGCGCAGUAAGAGAGGUCUACGAAGAGACAGGCUUUGAUUUGAAGGAGGCCAACUUGGUAGAACUAGACGAGCACAUGAAGAAGAUCACUGUCACCAUGCGCGAACAGAGCAUGAUGCUCUACGUCUUCCGUGGCGUGCCCAUGGACGCAUACUUCGAGCCGCGCACGAGGAAGGAGAUUUCCAAGAUCGACUGGUACAAGUUGACGGACCUCCCCACCCUCAGACGCAAGAAUCAAGUACAACAGCAAGGGCCGGGGAAUGAUUUGAUAAAGGAGAGCAGCUUCUAUAUGGUUGCGCCUUUCCUCGGACCGCUCAGGUCUUGGAUAAAGCAGCAGCACAAACUCGACAGGCACAGGGUUAGGAAUAGCGCACAUCUAGCCCCGCCUGUCGCUAUCACAGACGACGAGGACCUGCAGCCUGACAUCUACGAGACAACCGCUGACGAAGCUCCUCCGGUCGCAGAAACGCAACCUACGGACAACUUCGCCAAUCUCGUUGCCCAACUAGGCCGGAAUCAUCGUCCGAGCGAUACCCUGCCAGAAGUGUCGAUGCAGCAACAGAUUCAAUCACCCGUGGAUCCUGCAGCAGAGCUCAAGCGACUGCUGAGCGUGGGUAUGGACAUGACAUCACCUCCUGUGGAGGCACCCAGUGCUGCAACACCUAGCCACGCCCAAGCAAACCCGCUGCUAGCUUUGUUUCGACAAGGCAGCGGCCAGGCUACAGGCCCUCGAGUGCCUUUGCCGCAAACUCCGAUCGAACAAGUCAUGUCUCCGCCAACGCAGCCUCAGAGCCCCCAUGGGCAACACUACCCUCGACCACCGCAGAAUUACAACAUGCCCCCGCCUCCUUUUCCUUUCCCACCGCACCCUCAAGAUCUACCAAUCCACGGCCUUCCACAGUAUUUCAAUGGCAUGCCUACGCACAUGUCGCCCCAGUACAUGCCUCCUCCACCACAGGCACCAAACAUGCAGCAAGCGUUCGACCAAAGAAACCCGCGGGCACCAUUGCAACAGGCCAGUGGCUCUCAUUUUACUGAAGGACAAGGGCGACCAGCGAUACCGCCUGCAUCGAACUUGCCUGCCCCAAAUCUUUCCGCGCAUACCCAAGGGCUGUUGAAUAGCUUCAGGAUCAACGAACAGAAGCCAGCGCCCGCCCCAUCAUCCGCAACCAUUCCAACUCAAGUGCAACGAAGCUCGCAAACUACGCCAAGGAUACAGCAUCCCCUUCCUCAACACCGCCCGCAUGACCUUGUCUCGCCUCAGAGCCAAUAUGCACCUAGUCCUCCUCAGUUUAAAUCGCCUCCAGUCAACUCCAAUUUUCUGCCAGUGCAACCGAAGCCAAGGUCCAUGCAUCAAGAUUCUCUGUUGACACUCUUCAGAACCACGCCCCCAGUAGCGAGUCCGGAGCCUGCUGAGCUCUCAGCUCAUCCUACGACUCCAGCCUAUGUGUCUGCACAACCGGCUGCGAAUUCUUCAAGGUUUCCUAAUCCAGGUCUCCUUGAAUCUUUUGGUACACUACCCACGAAAAAGGACAUGACAUCGGCUACGGUUAGUGGGCCUGUGAAUGCGCCGGAUUUCGAUACCAUGAAGAAGAACACGCAACAUCAUCUGAGUGGGAGUUCACGUGGGCCAUCGCCGGCAACGCAGAUGCCAUUCAUGCCUCAACAGAUCUUGAAACGCGAACAGACAAAGGCAGCGCCUCGAAGCCCUUCAGACCUUCCUAAUGCCGCACAGAACGGACCCCCGCAGCCUGCUGCGAAGGUCUCCGGCCCACCACAAACAACGUUCAAACCUCAGAUCUUAAAGCGGCCUCAACAGCAACAGCAGCCGACUGUCGCGCUAGCACCGGUACCCAGGCCAAACGCCCAUGCACAAGGGUUACUCGACAUGUUCAAGGGUCCUUCUCCGCAGCCAGCACCAGCCCAGCCUGUAUUACCGACACGUUCCCCUGCGCCUGUAACAGCACCGCUCACUUCAGACCGACGCGAAUCCGUCCCUCACGAACAAAAGUCUGCCCUACUUGCCCUCUUCGGUAGCAAAACCUCACCCGGUCCCCAACAAUCACGAUCCCCUAUUCCUCCCACACGCUCUCCAUUCCCACCGACCCCCAAAACCUCAAUACUGCUAGCCCUGCCGGUCUAG